CGUUCAACGUUCACUGUAAUGUUGGUGUUGGUGUGCAACACUAAAAACUGUCCGGCGGAAGUUGUUCCUACGGCCUUGUCACAAAAGCAAUGGCGAGCGGUAUCGGCAAGCACAAGAUACUGAAUGUCGGGCCAACGGAGCCCUGGUCAGUCAGGGAGAAACUGUGCCUGGCCUCCUCUGUGAUGAGGAGUGGCGACCAAAACUGGGUAUCUGUAAGUAGAGCCAUCAAGCCUUUUUCAGAGCCUGGUCGUCCACCUGACUGGUUCUCACAGAAGCACUGUGCCUCACAAUACUCUGAACUGCUUGAAGCCACAGAAGCACCAAAGCGUAAGCGUGGUGAGAAGGGCGAAGUGGUGGAGACCAUUGAGGAUGUCAUCGUUCGUAGGUUGACCGCUGAGAGAAUAGAGGAGCUGAAAAAACUGCUGCGAGACACACAGGAGCAGUAUAGGAAGUUGAAGAAGGAGGUGGAUCUGAUACAGGCGGGUCACAUGGACUCCCAGCUGAAGGAGCUGUGGGCAGAAAUCACACUAAAGAAGAAGCAAGAGGAGGAAGAAGCAGAACAGAAGAGGAAAGCCACAGAAACUGCCUACCAAGCUCGUCAGGCCAUGAAAAACACACCAAAGCGUCUUCCCAGUGUCACUGUACGUUCUCCCCUGGGUGCCAGCCCACCAACCAUGGAUUCUCAGGCUGACUCUUCAGUCCCAACGCCACCCAUGGACACAGGAGGCGUCUCCUCCGACGACACCAUCACCCACUCAGUCGCCCAGGGGGUUGGAGUGUUUCUACCGGCAGCAGACCCUCCAGGACCGGUGCCCAAAGAUGGAGGACUGGCUGCCCUAGUAGAUGAUUCACCGCAGAAAAGGCUCCUAGCUCAGAAAGCCACGCCGCCGCCUUCACCUCUUCUCUCAGAACUGCUGAAAAAAGGCAACAUCAUCUCAGCCAGCCCCCGCCUGGUUGCAGAGGGAGACGCUACUGGUAGCCUGACUAACGGAGUACAGACAGCGACAGCAGCUACUGCUUUACCACCUGGUCAUGAUGUCAUUGCAGAGAGUGAAGCUGAAGCUGCAGUGAAGGCAGAGCUCAGUGAGGAGACAGGAUUAGUAGAAGAAGACCUCGUAGCUGUGUCUUACAUGGGAGACGAGCUGGACCUGGAGACAGUGGGGGACAUCAUUGCCAUCAUAGAAGAGAAGGUCGAUGACUCUGUGGAGGCGUUGGAUGCAGCUGCAGUGGAAGCAGCUCUCUCGCUGUGUGAAGAGGCUGUUUCAGAAGGUCACACCCUUCCCGGCCCCUGGGAGACCCAAGAACUGAAGGCCUCAGAGCCCACACCCACAGUGCAGGACUCCGAUCCCACGCAGGAAUCUCAGGAUGUGGCCACAAUGUCAGCGCCGGCCGCUGCCAGCCUGGAGACGCAAAACCAGGCAGAGGCUAAAAGAGAAGAGCAGCUUAAGGGAAACUGUGAGGGAGCAGAGGUGACGGGGAGUGAUGUCACUUCCUCUGUCGCCUCUGACGACGGUGCAGCGGGGAGCGAGGUUACAGAAGAGGGGGCUGCAGUGAAGGAGGCCGCUGAAGCUACAGUGAAGAGUGAAGGAGAGGAGUGGAGUCAGCCUGAACCAAACCCACCUUGCCUGGACUCGGAGGACAGCUCUGUGUCUGGGAAAGAGUCCAAGGAGGUGAAGGAGGAGGAGGCUGGCAGUGAGGGUGACCCAGAAGAAGGGAUGGAGCUGAAGGAGGAGUGUGGAGAAGGGGAGGGUCCCUAUCUGUCGGAGGUGGAGCGGGCGGCCAGCGAGAGCGAAGACGGCUACGGCCCGCCCUCCCAACGCUACACUGCAGAUUCACUGGCCAGCAGCCCAGCCUCUUCGUCCCAGCUCUCUACAUGUGGCGAGGAUCAGGAGGCCGUCCAGGCGCAGAAGAUCUGGAAGAAAGCCAUAAUGCUGGUGUGGAGAGCAGCAGCCAACCACAGGUAUGCCAGCGUCUUCCUGCAGCCUGUGUCAGAUGACAUCGCCCCCGGUUACCACAGCAUUGUGCACAGACCCAUGGACCUGUCGGCCAUAAAGAAGAACAUCGAGUCCGGCGUGAUCCGCACAACAGCUGAGUUCCAGCGCGACAUCAUGCUGAUGUUUCAGAACGCCGUCAUGUACAACUCGUCGGACCACGACGUGUACCACAUGGCCCUGGAGAUGCAGCGCGAUGUCCUGGAGCAUGUGCAGCAGUUCCUGGCCACCCAGCUCAUCAUGCAGACCUCAGAGAGUGCCAUCUCCGCCAAGAGCCUCCGCGGCAGGGAGGGAAACCGUAAGCCUGGAGAGCCGGCUGAGAAGGACAGUGUCCCAAUGGCCUCUCCUGCUUUCCUUCUCUCUCUCUUUGACGGAGGCACCAGAGGCCGCCGCAGUGCCAUGGAGGCCGACCUCAAAAUGAAGAAAUAGACUUUCAGAGAGGUUUCAGACUCUUGGAGCCGCUUUUGGGAUGCCAGCAGUUGGAGCUGAUUACUUACUGGCCCCUUUGGGUGUUUUCUGGAGAGGACUGUGCAGCCUCUGUGUGCCUGGUUUGUGUGCGUUUACAUUCAUCUGUCCUUUGGCAUAGAUGAGGGUGUGUGUGGAUGUCUGAUAGAGCUGCACAGAGUUUCUUCUUCUCCUGUUCAUUAUGUGCAGCAGCAUCGUGGGGUUUCACGGCAGGACUCACAAGCCAGCGCAACACUUUCCCCAAGUAUCAUUUCACCAGCGAGGGCAGUAGGUCAUCAUUUCCCCCCUGUGGAGACGGAACAAGAACUCUGGAAAGAGGAGAAGAACAAUUUCACCAGCAAAAGUUUGUUUGGGAUCAAAUGAUCAAGGGCAGUUUGAGUCUCGCUUGCCAGAUUUGAUUGUGUUGAAGCACAGAUACGAGUCAGUUAAAGGACUGAUCUGUCUAUUGAGUGUGUCCUGCACCGCAUUGUGCCCAGCCAGUAUGGCCUGAAAAGACACUGUAGACAUCAACAACAGAGUUAGAAAUCAUAAUGUACAGUUCCACAAAGUCUUACUAGCACUGCAUGUCGGGCUGAUGCUACACAGAACAGAGAAAUCUAUCAGUUUGAUCACUUCUGAGAAUGUUAUAAUAAGAUUCAAUGUCUCAUCAAUGUUUAGAACUUGAUUUUCUGCCUUUUUCAUUGAUACAGUAAGAGAACUAUCUAAAGUCAGAAAAGCAGAAGGUGUCACUGAACUGCUGGUUUGUCCUCUCUGUUUAGUAAUGGAUCCAAUUUUCAAAUCUGUUGGCCAGUACAGACCAGUGCAUGUUUUAGCCCAUUAAACUGCAUAUACUUUACAUUUCUACCGACAUUUUUCCAAAGCACAAAGCUGUUAUUAAAUAAUUCAGUUCACCGUCAAAUCAUACAAACACGAAACCUGCUACAAAAAUCCAUCACAGUAAACAGUUUGUUGCCUGUAGUUACAGAAAAAGGUGUGUGGGACUGCAGCAGAUGUGCAUGUCGGAUGUCAGCGUGUCCCUGAAAGCACCAAAAGGCUGAGUUAUAAAAGCAACUGCGUCAUGUAAUGAUAAUGUAGCUUUGAUGAAUUACCGGCACUUCAAGUCAAAGUUCCAGCUCUUCUUAUGUUCUUGUGAAACAAACUGAGCAGGAAACUUUUGCUUUGUGCUUUGUAAAAUGGCAGUGAUGUAAAAUCCAGGUCAUGGGCUUCAACAUGCAGUUUGUUGUUGCUGACAUAGUACCGAUUCAUAGGAUGUAGACCGUGUGUGCUACGUAAAAGGAAUAAGAAACGUGUUUGUGAUGUGUGUUAGAUGGGAGUGCAAAAUGGAGUUUUGUACCUGAGGUGGAUUAUGUAGCGUUGUGUUUGGGUAGCUGAUACAUGUGUCAUGUGUUCUGUUGUACAUUUGUUAAAUAAAGAUUUAAUCUAAAUGCAAAAAAAAAUGUUUCAGAUGGUUAGA